AUGGGAAAACUAUAUAGAAGGAUGAAACAUGUCGUCUCCAGAUAUGUGCUUGUAUACUUCUCCAUCUUGUAUGCCCGCUAUCAUACUGGCAAGGUUACUGAUGAAAUGCUUUCCUUGCCGAAAGCUCCGUAUCUUGCUGUUGGUCUCCUAGAGGCUCUUGGUGCUGCUUCUGGAAUGGCAGCUGGAGCAAUUCUUUCUGGUGCCUCAAUUCCCAUUUUGUCUCAGAGCUUUCUUGUCUGGCAACUUCUUCUAUCAUAUAUUCUCCUUGGGAGGAGAUAUAGUUUCAACCAGCUGCUUGGAUGCUUUCUUGUGGCAGUUGGUGUCAUCGUAACUGUUGCGAGCGGAUCUGGUGCUAAUUCAUUGAUGGAAGCUGGCAUAUUUUGGAGCCUUUUGAUGAUAGUUUCUUUUUUGUUCCAAGCUGCUGAUACAGUAUUGAAGGAAAUCAUAUUUUUGGAUUCUGCUCAGCGAUUGAAGGGAGGUAAAGUGGAUCUAUUUGUUGUAAACUCCUAUGGAUCUGCUUUCCAGGCAAUUUUCAUCUGCCUCCUCAUCCCUUUCUUGUCAAAGUUAUGGGGUAUCCCAUUUGAUCAACUGCCAAACUAUCUUCGAGAUGGUGCGGCCUGCUUCUUGAGCUUAGGCACUAUAUCAAGUGGAUGUGACGGUGCACCGCUACUGCCGCUGCUCUUUGUUAUUGUCAACAUGGGUUUCAACAUAUCAUUGCUGCAUCUGCUGAAGAUCUCUUCUGCUGUGGUAUCUUGCCUUGCAUCCACAUUUUCAGUGCCGAUAUCUGUGUUUUUAUUCACGCUGCCACUACCGUACCUUGGUGUUGCAUCUUCCCUGCCACCCGGGUUUGUAGCAGGUGCCAUCAUCCUUGUCAUAGGCAUGGUUAUUUAUACUUGGAGACCAUCAUCGGGUCAUAAGUGA